CACUUGCAGCGCGCCGUGAUCCCGCCAUUUGGUAAGAAAAGACGGGUUAUAAUAACCAUGAGACACGCGGCUCAUCCAUAUUAGAAGAGUCUUUAAUGAACUCGGACUGUAAAAGACACUCCUCCUGCUCCGGGCUCCCACUGCUCCCGUGCGGAGUCGAUGCGCGGAGAGGAAAUUCAGAGCCCUAUCUUUAUCAGUAUCAGCGUCGCCUUGAAGACAAAGAAGAGCACAGCAAAUGAAGAUAUGCUCCAAUAGCAGGAGAAGCCAGUCUUAAAGUCACUAUUUCUGCAGCCGUGCCCCGCCUGGAGGCAGACAGGCACCGGUCCUAGGAGACUCUUCGGGGAUGCGCAAAGAUGUGAGAGCAAAGAGCGAGAGGCGCUGUGAUUGGCCGCACUCCUUCUAAAAGCAUCAGGCACGGCGAGUCAUGUUUGCUCCAGCCAGAGCAUCAACGAGGUGGCAUCAAACUUGAAGGAGACGUGUUCUCGGUGUGCACAGUCGAUGCGUUCACAACGUCAACCAUUAACUUGCAUCAUUCCCCCAAAGAGGCGGACGCGCUCUCCGUGGUGCUGAAACAGAACAGACUUGGCUGAUCAACUAGUGAAGAAGAGGAGGACGCUCUCACUGAGCUCUCUGAGCUUCGUGCUAUUUGCCAGCUUCAGCAAGAACUUAUUACAUUUCGCGGCUGACUGUAGCGCAUCAUGCUGUGGAUGAAGUGGAAGAUGGUGGUGGACUCCCUGCGAGGACGGAGGAGGAGGCUGCCCUGUUCCCUCUGGUUCCUCCUGCUGUUCGCUGCUGGUGGUUUGGUUCUCUUCAUCCACCAGCGGGAUCUGUCAGAGAUGGUCCAGCAACAAGGCCCAGUUUCAGACACAGCCACAGAGAGUGGAGCAACGGCAGGUUCCUCACCAUCUUCUGAUAAUGUUGCUGAGGACAUAAGACAAGUUUCAGAAACUGCCAAAGAGAGUGAAGAAGUGGCAGGUUCCUCGACAUCGACUGAUAAUGAUACUAAGGACGUGAAAGAAGGCGUGAAGCUUGGAAGCACUCCGCGGCAGUCCAGAGAGACUCUUUCUACGCAGGACAGAGAGAGAGACAAACCUGAAAAUAAUCAGGACGGCCGAGCAGCAGAAGGAAUCCUGUCCAGCCCAAUCCCUCCGAUGCAGUUUCCACACUUUGAGGAGAGUAGACAGACGGCCACCCCUGGGUCUCGGGAGCAGAAUAAACAAACGCCCACCCCUGGGUCUCGGGAGCAGGACAUAACCUCCCUUCAUGUCUCCAAAAGACAACGCAAACUGCUGAAAACAAGUCCCCCAGUCCAUCACCCCCCCAAAAGUGAUUCCUCAUCAUCCUCUACUUCCUCAUCCUCUUCUUCCUCCUCCUCCCCCUCUGCCUCUGGCUCUCUCACCCUUGAUAAAUGGAAAAAGCUAGCCGAUAUUCAAGGAGCACGCCGGCAACUGAUGAAGGAGAUGUGUGCCAAGUACAAAAGCAGCAUCUCGAAAACCAUCACAGCUCAUCAUGUGAGAAACCUCUUUGUGGAGGACAAGUACAAGUUGUUGUACUGCCAGGUGCCCAAAGCAGGCUGUUCCAACUGGAAGAGGACCCUGAUGGUGCUGAGCGGAAAAGCCUCCGAUGCUCAGAGCAUUAAACAUGACACAGUCCACAAUGGCCACCAUCUCAGGGAGCUUAACAGCUACGACCGACAGGGAAUCAUGCACCGUCUGGAGACCUACACCAAAAUCAUAUUUGUCCGAGAGCCCAUGGAGAGAAUGGUGUCAGCUUACCGGGACAAGUUUGAAAAUCCCAACAACUACUACCACUCCCUGUUUGGGAAACCCAUCAUCUCCAGAUACAGGACGAACCCGUCCACAGAAGCCCUGAGGACAGGCAAUGGGGUAACAUUCAAGGAGUUUGUCCAGUACCUGCUGGAUGUCCAUCGGCCUGUGGGAAUGGACAUCCACUGGGAUCAGGCGAACCAGCUCUGCAACCCAUGUCUCAUAAACUAUGACUUCAUUGGCAAGUUUGAGAACAUGGAGGAGGAGUCCAACUUUCUCUUGCGAUUGACUGGGGCGCCACCCAACGUCAAGCUGCCCAGUUUUAAAGACAGGAACCCAUCUGACCAGAGAACUUCUACGGAUAUCACAGAAAAAUACUUUUCACAGGUCACCCCGUUGGAGAGACAGCGAAUCUACGACUUCUACUACACAGACUAUCUGAUGUUUAACUACACCAAGCCUUUUAAAGAUUUAUACUGACUGACUCCUAUCAACUCUUGAUUUACAGUCACAUUCCAUGUCCAUAUAUGAUGAUAAUAAUUUUAACAUAAAGAGGCUAACUCACAGGCUGACGUGGAUCUUUGCAUCUACAGAGACAUCAGAGAGACUAAACUUCCUCUGAAUUUUGCUUUACAUCUACAUCUCUACCAGAUUACCUUCAUUUUCAGACAAUGACUUCAAACUACGAAAUGAAAAGGUUCAUGUGAUUUUAACUACUCUAAAUUGUCCUGAAAUGGAAGUUAUGUAUUCACUACUAGCAUACGGUGAGGUAGAAUAUUCAAAUUAUAAAUGUUUUGCUUCUAAAAAAAAGUUUAUUAUUGUUCAGCAGGCUUUAAAUUAUGCCUUACUGUGAGUCAAAUAGGAUCUGCAAAUAUGUUUUAUGGUUUGUUUCAAUGUAGGCGCCACAUGAGUGCAAUUUAAUAUAGGAUCUAAUCAUAUGCCCAUAGUCAGAACUGAUUUCAGUAUACAGAACAGUAUGUUACUGAGCCACUAUCACCCACUUUUGGAAUAAUGAUACCGCGUUCCUUGGUUGAGCUCAGAUAAAGAUCAAGUAAUGAUCACCACCAUGCACUCCAUGUGUUCAUUUGGAAUCUGUGCAUUAGAAUAUGUAAGGGAUAAUGCCCGAUGAUGUCUCCAUUAUCAGUUCUUAAUGGCGGAUGUGGAGGCGUGAACCAACCGAUGCAUGGCCUCUGCUUAUACCAUGAUCACUUACCAAAGAACUACAAAGUAAGAAUAUUCAUUUAUAUUUUUAUGCUUUUUGCAGUCAAAAUCUUUUUCACAAGCCAUAACUUGUUUCCAUGGUAACACCUAAGGUUUUAACUUAUACAGUACCUGGAACAACCAUUACCACCCCAUAAGGUCCUUAUGCAAGGUUCUUAUUAUCCAUUAAAUAGGACAAACCUUAGAUAUGACUUAUCAAAGGGGGGCCAUUUCUAGUCUGCUCAGCUCAUAGAACCAUUUGGCUCAGCUAUAAGCUAGAAAACUAACGUUACACAAGCAAGUUUCAACCUCAAUGACAUUGAGUACAGUUUGAAAACAGUAAAUAUAAUUUCAAAGUAUGUUUAACAGCAACACCAGUUAGCUAUCCAGCCCCGUCAUUCUCUACAAGUCAAUAUCUAGAUGUUCACGAACAAUACACAGGUGUAACGUUACUGCCGGCUGCAGCCUAAGGUUGCAAUUUGAAUAGCGAAUGGGAUGUGAAAUGAUUGCUUAAAUUCAGAGGGGCAGUAUAGUACAUGCAGUGUGUGUUACAGUCUCAAUCCCGUGGUGUUCAGAGGAUGCAGCACUGAUGGACUACACUCAGUGUUGGAAAUUGAUUGUAAACAGAGGCUAUGACUGCAUCCCUUACUCAUUAGAUACAAGCUAACAUUAUGUAGUCAGUGCAUUAACUCUGUAGUGUCCAUUAUCAAAUUUCAAUACCCUGCAGCUGAUCAAAAUUGAGUAUUCAGACCAUGGUGUAAUAAAUAUUAAAUUUGAAAUAUUUGCAUUUACUAUUUGACUUACAGCAAGUUAGGCGUCAGUAUACCUCUAUGUAUCAGUGCAUACUAAUACAGAUAUUUCAUGUAAGUGGUUUUACUAAACAUAAACCAUAAUGAAAUUAUAAUACUAUAAAUAGUAUGAAUCUUUAAAAUGUGUCAAGUGCUGCCCACUCAGAAGCUGUGUGCACCUAUUGUAGCAUUUUUGUACUUCUAACUUUGUCAGCUAGGUUUUUGCUUUAGUCUAACACAUACAUGUGCUGUAGGUCCCCCCCAUCACUUGAGGUAUUUACUUGGGUGGCUGUUGCUGUUAAAUGCACAACAUUCAAAUAUUUGCUGGGUGUGAAGUGUUGCUGCCAGUAUCUCCUGACGCCUGUUAGUGUUCCAGAUAGGGAUGUCCUGAUCAAGUUUUUUUGCCCCAUCCCAGUCCGAGUCAUUCAAUGUUCAGUCCCGAUCCGAUACCCCUAUUCUCUUCGAUAAUACAGCUGCACAGUGCACGCCAUGCCGUUGUUAGCCGUCAUGAAUGUGUAUAUUUGCAGCGUCUAUACAUCUUUUGUGCGGAUUAUGUUAAUAAAUUAGUAAUUGUUUUUUUUUUAGGGUGGUUUUGCCCGUGGCAUUGUGUAGGGGCAUGGUGAGUGUGGUUGUUUCCAUCUCUCCACACACAGAAAACAUGCUGCACUGUAGAUAACAGAAAAAUGCAAGAGACGCUGACACUGAGCUGCAAUUAAAUGAGGGCUCAUAACUAAGAUAAAUAACAUUAAUGGACAGUUUCAUACAGCAUUUCACCGUUAUUUAUGGUGUGUGGUGUUUUGCGGCAGCUGGAUGCAGAGUGGAAGAGACACAGAUGGCCGUAGCCAUUGCGUCACUGUGAAACCUUUGCCUGUAAAAACACCGGUGUGACAGCUGACGUAAAACGAAGAAUUGGAUCAGGCUCUGUACAGCUCAGUAUAGCCAAACCGGAUCAGUUAAAAAAUGCCAUUAUCGGCCCAGAUACGGAUCUUUGAGACUGGAUCAGGACAUCCCUAGUUCUGGAUUUACUAGUCAUUCAGUUUCUAGGCUUUGUUGACAGAGCUGGCAAGAGAAUGGGUAAAAGUCAACACUGCAAAUAAAAAACAACAGCAAUGUUUCGACUUGGCCUGAUGGCAGUUGAAAAAUGUGUGAUUUGGACAUUUUUAGAGGUUGAGACAAAGACAAGAGUGUUCCCAGUCUCCUCCAUCUUUCACACUAAACACCUCCUGAACAGCUAUCACUUACAGAUCUCACAGCGUCAGUAACUCCAUACCCUCUGUAUGUAUCACAUCUAUUCUGCACCACCAUAUAGGCUUUUUUCUGACACUACUGUGUACAAUUGUAUAAUGGGCAUUCAGAUGACUAUAUAUUUUUCUAUAUAUUUCUAAAAUAUAUAUAUUCAGUGCUUAUGGUGACGGUAUGUUUAUUUUCUUUUCAAUGUCAUUUGUUGUUCUUUCAGUAAUACCAGUGUAGAGUUGUUGUGUAACAGAAGAGUUUCUUUCCAAAAUAAAAUAUCCACCAGCUGAAAACCACAAGUCUAACUCCCAAGAAGCUAACGACUGCAGACAUUUGCGGUGCCAUUUGAAGUGCAGAAGAUAUCUUGCAUUUGAUAUAUGAACUGGUACCACUUGGUGCUUUGAAGGUAGCUGAGGACUUUUUUUUUUAAUGAAAAUGGAUAUAAACACUUUUGGAAAUUAGCUCUUUAAUUACUUAUCUCAGAUCUGUUUCUCUGAAUAUGAUAAUAGACCCUGUACAGAUGAGCUGCAUUCCACCUAGUUACCCAUCCUGGCUAAUAACAUUUUUACCCACAGCAAAUCCAGUGUGUGUGUGUGUGUGUGUGUGUGUGUGUGUGUCUGUGUGUGUCUGUGUCUGUGUCUGUGUGUGUGUUUGUCUGUGUGUGUGUGUGUGUGUGUGUGCGUGCGUGCAUGUAUAUGUGUGUGUGGCUCAGAGAGAGCUGUUAAGAUGUGUUACAGUCUUUUUUCCUUCAACUUUUAGAAACGUGUACACACACACACACACACUGCUAAAAGACACAAAUUGAGGUACAGGUACAGUAUCCUGUGUGUCACAUUAUUAUACUGCUAUAUUCCCAACACACCACCCAGCUGGCACUAAACUAUUACCUGAUGCAGGCCAGAUCACAUUAACAAUGUGCACUAGUGGAAACUGUACCGAGACUAGCAAUUCUUGAACCACAGAACCAUUCACCAGAUAAUCACUGUAAAUCUCCAAGAUUACAUUGACUAAAUGAGAUGUCAGCCAAGGUUUCUCCAAAUGAAAGUUGAGUUUAAAUCUUCUUGGUUUACAGUUUAAGCUUACUGUGCAGUGAGUGCAAUGAAGACGUGACUACAUACGAUAAACAUGACCCCGAAAUAAAAGAUGCAAAUGAAGACAUGUAAGAGUUACAUUUCCACAGAAAUACCUUUAAUAAACGAAGUACAACAAACUAUAAUUUAAUCAAGAUAACAAGUCUGGCUGCCACCCAAAGCGGUAUUUUUUAAUAGGGCACUGUGCAAAGAACUUCAUCUAAUGUGAUAUUGGGAACAACCUAUUGCUAGUUUCCUGUAAAGUAGCAGUCACUAUUCAGCUACAUGCUUUACAGCUCACUGGAAAUGUGUUUUAUGUAACAACAUACUUGAAAGAGAAGUAUUUGCCUAUGAGUAAGGGGAAAUUUAUAUUAUUUAAAUCUAUACACACUAUAACUUUUGAGGACCUUUAAUGAUUUGGUGGUAGUACCCUUUCACGGUGAUGGUAAUUGUAUGAACUUUUGUCAGUAUACUGUGUUGACUUUUGCAAAUCCAAAAAUCUAAUCUUUGUUUAGGUUGUGGUCAGAUUCGAUGUAGGUAUAGCCAAUAUCUGGCCAAACAGCUACUGCAUUAUGAUGAGUAUUACUCCUGCAAAUUCUCUGUCCGUUCCUGCCCCCCACCCCCGCUAAUAAAGUCUUUUUGAUAUGUGGGUGUAUGGACAGAUUUAUCAAAAGCGUAAUUACAAUAACAAGUGAAUGUAUAACUGUUUAUUGUUGGUGCAGAAGUGUAUAAAAUAUGAUCUUAAGCCCUUUGCCUUAUUUUACACUGCCAAUCAAAUGGUGUAUUUCAGGAAGACAUUCUUCAGGAGGUUAUUAUUUCUGGCUGAUGAGUGUCUACUAAUAAACUGUCUUUAGCAUUUUCAA